AUGAAUAGUAAUAAAGAAAUACCGUUAGAACUUGCUACGACAAGUCAGGAUGCUUCGUCCGAAACGGACAAGAUCAUAUUAAAGCCUGUUAACGACGAAGAUGAUACUUCGCUGUUGAUAGCGUUCAAUCAGAGGGUUUCUUCCUUCAUUAUAAUGUUAACAUUUAUUGCAUCGAUAUCAGGGUAUAUGUUUGGUUAUGAUACGGGUUAUAUAUCUAGUGCUCUGGUUUCUAUUGGUACUGAUUUAGGGCGGGAGUUAACAUAUAAGGAUAAAGAGCUCAUUACUGGCGCGACGUCGUUAGGAGCUCUAAUUUCCGCAAUUUGUGCGGGGGUGAUGGCAGACAUCUACGGCCGUAAGCCAUGCAUUAUGUUUUCUAAUGUUAUGUUUCUUAUUGGAGCAGUGUUACAAGUAGCUGCCUCGAACUUCUGGCAGAUGGUCGUAGGACGGUUAAUUAUGGGAUUCGGUGUUGGCAUAGGUUCCCUACUAUCUCCAUUGUAUAUCGGUGAAAUCGCUCCAAAAAUGAUUCGCGGUCGUUUGGUGGUGAUCAACUCGCUUUGGUUGACUGGAGGUCAGUUGAUAGCGUACGCCUGUGGUGCUGCAUUAAGUCAUGUAACACAUGGUUGGAGGAUACUUGUGGGGCUCUCCAUUUUGCCUACCUUAAUCCAAUUUGUAUGCUUUAUCUUCGUGCCGGACACGCCGCGUUACUACGUAAUGAAGGGGAGGUUGGAUAAAGCUGCGGAGGUUCUACAGAGGAGUUACAGUGGUGCGGAUAGUGACCUAAUCGAAAGAAAAAUCCAGGAAUUAGUGGAACUAAACAGGACUAUCCCUGGUGAUACCGUGCCUAAGAAGGUUUGGAACACCGUAAAAGAACUUCACACCGUGCCCGCAAACUUCCAUGCAUUAGUGCUUGGAUGUGGUUUACAAGCUGUACAACAGUUCUGUGGUUGGAAUGCGUUAAUGUACUUUUCUGGGACGAUCUUUGAAACAGUAGGCUUUUCAAACCCUACUGCCGUGUCCAUGAUUGUCGCUGCCACGAACUUUCUUUUUACACUGUGUGCAUUCUUUGCAAUCGACAAGCUUGGCCGCCGUAUUAUUUUACUAAUCGGGUUACCUGGAAUGACUGUUUCGUUGGUAAUGUGCGCAGUUGCUUUCAAGUAUAUUGAUAUUGAUUUCUUGGGCGGUGGUAAGACCGUUGUGAAUGGCGGUGGUUUUACUUCAUGGGGAAUCGUUAUUAUUGUUUUCAUUAUUUCGUACGCGUCUUUCUAUGCUUUAGGCAUUGGUACCGUUCCUUGGCAACAAUCCGAAUUGUUCCCUCAGGCUGUUAGAGGUAUAGGUACUUCUUAUUCGACAGCUACCAACUGGGUUGGUUCUCUAGUGGUGGCUUCAACAUUCUUGACUAUGUUGGAAAAAAUCACCCCUACUGGCACCUUUUUGGUCUUCACUGGCAUAUCUGUCUUGUCUUUUAUUUUCAUUUACUUAUGUUACCCUGAGCUAUCUGGUCUAGAACUAGAAGAAGUUCAGUUUAUUCUAAAGGACGGCUUCAAUAUUAAAGCUUCAAAAGAGCUUGCAAAGAAGAGAAAACGUCAAACUGCAGAAAAGCUGAAGGCUGCUCACGAUAAUGACCUGGAGUUAUAUCAAAAGAACUCUUCCAUAGUAAAAAUAUUGGAAAGAGAAAAUUAA